AUGGGACACAGCAAGCCUGAUCUCAAAGACAAGUCGCUCUUCAUUGAGAAGUCAUACAUCAAUGGCGAGUGGGUUGGCGCUCAGUCGGGCGAGACCUUUGAAGUUCACGACCCCGCCACUGGCAAACUGAUCGGAACAUGCCCCGAGCUCGGCACCGCCGACGUCGAAAAGGCCAUCCAAGCCGCCUCCGAAGCCUUCCCCAAAUUCCGCACAACCCUCGCCCGCGAGCGCGCGCGCAUGCUGCGCCGCUGGUAUCAGCUGAUGGUGGAUAAUGCCGAUGACCUGGCCAAGCUCAUCACCUGGGAGAAUGGUAAGCCGUUGGCCGACGCCAAGGGCGAGGUGAACUACGCCGCCAGCUUCUUCGAGUGGUUCAGUGAGGAAGCUCCCCGCACAUACGGCGAUGUUAUCCCAGCUACCGUCCCCGGCAACCGAGUUAUGACCCUGAAGCAACCAGUCGGUGUGUGCGGUCUCAUUACACCAUGGAAUUUCCCCGCCGCCAUGAUCACUCGUAAAAUCGGACCCGCCCUCGCCGCCGGCUGUACCGUUGUCGCCAAGUCCCCCUGCGAGACCCCAUACACUGCCAACGCCCUUGCCGAGCUGGCUCACCGUGCCGGUAUCCCCAAGGGUGUGGUCAACAUUGUCACCGCAUCGAAGAACACUCCCGCUGUCGGCGAGCUGAUCACCACACACCCGGACGUACGGAAGGUUUCCUUCACCGGCUCGACAAACGUUGGCCGCUUGUUGAUGAAGCAGGCUUCGUCGACCAUUAAGAAGGUUUCUUGGGAAUUGGGCGGCAACGCGCCGUUCAUUGUCUUCGAUGAUGUUGAGGACCUUGAUGCUGCCGUAAACGGCGCCAUCGCUUCCAAGUUCCGCAGCUCAGGCCAAACCUGCGUCUGCGCUAACCGGAUCUAUGUGCAGAAGGGCGUGUACGAUGAGUUCUCCAAGCGCUUCGCUGCCAAGGUUAAGGACUUCAAGCUCGGAGCCGGCUUCGAGGAUGGUAUUACCCACGGUCCUGUGAUCCACGAGCGUGCCGCUGAGAAGGUGCACGAGCAUGUCCAGGACGCUACCUCCAAGGGUGCCAAGGUGCUUAUUGGCGGACAGAAGGCUUCUGCCCUGGGCCCUAACUUCUAUGAGCCCACUGUUCUGUCCGGUAUGACCAAGGACAUGCUGAUCGCGUCUGAGGAGACUUUCGGCCCUGUUGCGGGUCUCUUCCCCUUCGAGACCGAGAAGGAGGUUGUGGAUCUGGCUAACAAGGCCGAGGUUGGUCUUGCGGGCUACUUCUUCAGCGGUAAUGUUCGCCGUAUCUUCCGCGUUGCUGAGGCACUUGAGGUUGGCAUGGUUGGUGCCAACACUGGUUUGAUCAGUGAUGUUGCUUCUCCCUUCGGUGGUGUCAAGCAGAGUGGUUUCGGCCGUGAGGGCAGCAAGUAUGGCAUUGAUGAGUUCAUGGUUAUCAAGAGCGUCACUUUCGGCGGUAUGGGGGAGCCUCUGCAGGCAUAA